AUGCUGGUUUCGAUUAAACGCAAAGAUCUUUGUUUACUCACAGAAGAUUAUCAAAUGUUAAACAAACUCUUAGCUUUAUUAACAUUAUUUGAAGAUGUAACGACAAUAACACAAGCGGAAUAUACACCAUCGAUCGCGUUCGUUGCACCCGCUGUGUUAGCUAUAUGUUUUGAUUUAAUGAAUGAACAACCAAAUAUUACAUAUACCUCUUCAUUGUGUAACACAUUGUUAAAUUUAUUAAUUUCGCGAUUUGGGGGUUUGCUAGAAGAAUUAGGUGUGACAAUGGAUAAAUCUAUCGAACGGAAAAUUUCUUAUGAGCUCUAUCGCGACCAAGUAUUCAUUUAUUCGCCAUUUCUGGAUAGCAAGCUCGAACUAAAUUGGAUUACUGAGCCAUAUUUACCCUCAGAGACUAAAUCAAUAGUAUGUGAAAAAAUUAAAAAGUUAAUAUACGAUCAUUGCGUUACGCUUGAACAUAAUAAUGGUUUAAUAUGUUCAUAUGAAACACAAGCUGCUGAUGAUGAAGAACAAUCAGCCAUCGUAACAACACCGUCCAGCUCAGGAAAAAAGCGAAAAACUCUUUUCCACUAUAUUGAAUGUAAAACGACUAAGAAAAAAGUCGAUAACUUCGGAUUUCUCAAAGAUCAGAUUCUCAGUUAUUUACACGGCGAUGAUACCGAUAGUUUUUUUACGAAAUCAAUUGAAUACAAAAUAUUAAACAAACUAGGAAAGAAAGCUCUAACAGUUCCAGCGACUUCUUCUUCGGUAGAGAGAGUAUAUUCGCAGAGUGGAUAUAUUUUUCAACAACAAUGA